AUGUCUCAGAAUGAUCUGACGGAUGAGUUCUGCGAGUCGGCCAGCAACCUCCUGGGCGAUGUUCGCCUACCCAAGAAUGCCAGGCUCAAAAUCUACGCGCCGCGUAUGACUACACCCAUGCGCUCGUUUCAACAUCUGGAUAUCUUUGGAGUCGGUGUGAGGACACCUAGUCUUGACAACUUGAUGACACGGAGCCUUGAGCUCUUUUCUGGAAGUCUCUGUUUUACUUCAUUUGAGGAAUACAAGAACUUCCGUUACUUUUUGGGACUUUUCACUGAUAACAUGGUGGCAUCCCAGGCGAUGGAGUGA